AUGGCUGUGGAGAGCUUUAACGAGCUGUUGCACAAACUAAGGGAGUUCCACGAGCAUGAGCUGGAAGGAUGGCAGGUUAAAGUACUUGAACUGAGUAACAAAAGGACCUGUGAUGCAAAGCGAAUGGAAGAGCUGUUCACCAGAAACCAGCAGUUACGAGAGCAACAGAGGAUUCUCACUGAGAAUAUUAAACAGCUGGAGAACAGGCUGCGGGCCGGCUUGUGUGAUAGGUGCACAGUCACACAGGAUGUUGCUAAGAGAAGACAACAGGAGUAUGAAUCCUCUCAACUUCAGAGUCUCCAACAUAUCUCUAUCCUAGCCAGCGAACUGAGUAGCCUAAAGAAAGAGAAUGAAAAACUGCGUGAGGAGCUGAAGAGUCUAAGAGCUCAGUUAGAGAGGCAGAAUGGUCACGCGGAGGAGGAGGAGAUUUUAGCAGCUAAAAAGUCACCAGAUCUUCCAUCCCCUGCCAUAGCUCUGCAGACCUCAACACCGAAGCCUGGAAAGCAGCCACCAGGGGGCGCCACGUCUUCACAAGCUACAGCGAGGAGUGAGACGUAUCAGACUGAUGCCACAGAGAGUCAGGGAAUCCUGUCAGUUACAGACCUCCGUCCUCACGCUUCCUGCUCCUGGAUUAUGGAGGACAGAGCAGAACUCUAUCAGACUCCAUGCAAAAGGAGAAAGGAGGUGAGAGAAGCUCUCAGUGUUGACACACUGGAGCAGAGACUCUCCCCUGGAUCUCCCUCCCUCUCCUCCCCUCUCCGACUGCCCAGGAGCAAUCCCUUCUCUCCUUCGUCCUCCUCAUCUUCCUCACCUGCUGCUGGAGAGGAGAAGCAUCACCGUCAGCAGGUUCAUAACCCCCUCCCUGUUCGACCACACCCCAUCAAGUCGGCUUGCGUCCCCCUGCCGUGGUCUCUUCCGGAACAUCCAGACUGGGUGACCAUGGCGACCGCUGCCGGUGAAGGGGGAAUCGUGGUUCAUCCACAACACCCGAGUCAUGAAUCUAACCCCAACCCUUUGCGUUUACCAGGCCUGAUUCCAUCCAGUCAUCGGAGUCCAGGGUGUGGCCUGGCUAAGACCUGGCCACCAAUCAAAGUGAGGAGCCAAUGUUUAGGGACUGACAGCAGGGAGAGAAGAGUAGAGACAAUCAGUUGGAAGAGUGAGCAAGUCCAGGGAGAAAGAAUUUUUGGGGAGGGCCUGACGGAUAUGGAUGAAGACGCUCCUCUGGAUCUGUCCGAUUCUGGCCGUUCGAGAAAAAACGCUAAUAAUGACUUGUCAUCAUCAUCGUCAUCAUCCUCUUCCUCAUCUACUUCUACACUUGCUCCUCUUUCCUCUUCUUCAUCUCAGUGCCCAUCCAGUCCUCAGAGUGAACUACAGGCAGGGGAGCAGAAUCUAAAGGAGGCCCAAGAAAACAGAGACGAGGAAGAGGACAAUAAAGAGGAGAAGGAGAAUGAGGGAAAAGAAGACCAGAAUGUGGAAUCUUCCAAGAAUUCUGACAGCAAAAAAGUGCCGGUCCUUACCAUCUCACUGCGUCCAGUUGUGGUCUUGGAGGCCAUGAAAUCACAGGAUAAGAACUUGUCUUACAGCACGACAGCGUUACAGCCCAUUAGUAAUUCCGAGUACCAGCGCAGCGAUAUGGAGGAGCCGGCGUAG